CGCCCGCGAACUUCGCCCCUGGAGCCCCCGCAGCUCCGGAGCCUUCGCCGACGCCGGGCCUUUGACGGCGGCGCCUAGGCCUGGGGGGCGCGGUCCUUCCACCCCCGGACCCGGAAGGUGGAAGGUGGGCUGACAGUUGGGGGUCGCUCGCAGGCAGCCCCUCCAGGCGGAGCUGUUCGGGGUGGGGCCACGCCGUCCCCAGCGAAGCCGCAUCCUGGUCUCUGCGCCCCCAGAACCGGAACAGAAACAAACACAAAGGGAUUUGGGGCACUCCUCCUCGCUCCCCGAAAAGGAUGCGGGGUGUCAUACAACACCCCUGAGAGGAAUCGGGCCACACCGAUGUGGGGAUUGAUUAUAAUCUAUUCUGACCGGAAAGAUGAGGAAGAGAGAUAAUCGGAGGAGGCAUGGGGCGCAGCCCCAGCCACGCCGAGAGGGACCCGGAGGCUCCAGAUGCGGGUGUGAGGAAAGUGUGCGUUCCCCCGCAAGAAGCUUGAAAACAAGGAGGAAAGUAAACCCAGCGCAGGCAGAAAUGAUGAGAAGCAAAGGCCGGGGCUCAUGGCGCCCAAGAAGAAGCUCCCGAGCCGGCCGGCGGAGGGCGCCGAGGAGCGGCUGUCGGAGCGCGCGCAGUACCUGCUGCGCGAGUACCAGCUGCUCACGCAGCAGCUGGACGCCUACGAGAAGCGCGUGGACCAGGUGCUGCAGGAGAACAUCCUCCUGGACAGCGAGGCGCUGCGCCUGCGCGACGAGAACCGCUUCUACGCCACCUACGUGAGCACGCACGCGCAGCGCUGCGCCAACGCCACGGUGCGCCUGGAGGACCAGAACCGCGUGGACCUGGCGGAGAUCCACAGCCAGCGCGCCGACCUGGAGGCGCUCUACCACGGGCGCGAGGACGGCGUGCGCGCGCAGCUGCAGGAGAUGGAGGCGCGCGCGGCGCACAUGGCGAGCCAGGUGCGGGAGCUGCAGCCCUACAAGGAGCUGCAGCUGGAACAGCUGGCGCGGAUCCGAACGCUGGAGCGCGAGCUGCUGCACAUGCGCGUCGAGCACACGCAGCUGCUCCACCGCGUCAAGCGGCGCUUCCUGGAGGACAAGGCGGCCUUCGAGCGGGAGGCGCGCCAGCGGGUGCAGUCCAUGGGGCGGCGCGCGGAGCGGGAGGCGGCGCGCGCGCUCAUCGCGCACACGCAGUCCAUCAAGGCGGACAACGGGCGGCUGCGGGAGGAGCUGCUGCGGCUGCUGCGCCGGGCCCACCUGCUGCACGACAUGCGGCGCCAGCUGCUGCUGCAGCGCGAGCAGCUGUGGAGCGAGCACCAGGACACGUGGGACCUGGGGCACGUGCACGGCUGGCUGCGCCGGGGGCCCGGGGGCCCAGAGCUGUGCCAACCGCUGUCUUCCCCGCGCAUGGGGUCCUUGGCCUCCGGCACCGAGUCCUCCGUCUCCCCCACGGGCUCCUCGUUGGACGUCUCUCGGAACCCGUCCCAGGUCUCUUCCAUCACAGUCUCCAAGGCCCCGUCCAUGUUCUCGCUGCGUGUGGGCUCCACGGUCCCGUCGCUGCCCUUGCAGAAGGCGGGGCCACAGUUACAUUCCCAGGACCGGUCCAAAAGGGACUCCCAAGCGCCAUCCUUGGCCUCCCAAGCGCCAUCCUCGGCCUCCCAAGAGCCAUCCUCGGCCUCCCGAGCGCCAUCC